GUAGCUGCACACUACACUACCUUGCAGUGCAUUAUUUUGCAACAUGGGGUCCUUUGUGGCACGUCGGAAAAAACCCGAGCUCGUGCUACCGGCACGAGCAACACCGCGGGAGACUCUGCCUCUCUCCGACCUUGACGAUAUAAUAGGCCUGCGGCUUCUGCAGCCCUCCAUCGAGUUCUUUCGUGCGGUCGACAUUGGUGACCACGGGCAAGGGCGGCCUGCCAUUGCCGCCAAGGCAAUCAAGGCCGCCCUCGCGGAGGCGUUGGUGCACUACUACCCUCUGGCAGGCGGUCUCUGGGAGGCUCCUGGAGGCAAGCUAGUCGUCGACUGCACCGGGGAAGGUGUCGUGUUUGUCGAGGCGGAGGUGGACGUGUCCAUGGAUGAGCUCGGCAAGCCAUCGCCUCUGCCACCAUACCCAUGCGUCAAAGAACUGCUGUGCGAGGUGGGCAACCCUAUGGUUGUUGUCGGAGUUCCUCUCUUCUUGAUGCAGGUGACCCAACUCAGAUGUGGAGCAUUUGUAAUUGGUCUUCACAUUUGCCACAGCAUUGCCGACGGCUAUGGCAGUAUCCAAUUCUUGAAAUGCAUUGUCGACUUGGCCCGUACUAGUGGUGACACCUCGCAAAUUGUAUUGCCGGUAUGGAACAGGGAGCUCCUGACAGCACGUAUCCCGCCGCACAUAAACCCAGUGUUUGAGGAAUUCCUCCAGAGAUUAGGCAGCACUGGAGAUGACAUUAUGUUGUCAACGCCACCGGAAGAAAUGGUUGGCCGCUUCUUCGUCUUUAGUCCAAGAGACAUCAUGGUGCUAAGAAGCCACAAUGCCCCCAUGCAUCCUGACCCUCCAGCCACAAGCUUCGAGCUUCUGACCGCAGUCAUGUGGCGUUGCCGCACGGUGGCUCUCGAUUAUGAGCCACACCAUCGGGUCGGCCUAAUGUUCACUAUGAACGCGCGCGGGAGAGGGAAGCACCAUGGGCUCGUCCCGCAUGGGUUCUACGGCAAUGCGGUCUUCUACCCUAUGACGGACACGACCGUCGGAGAGCUAUGCGGCAACCCACUUACCUACACAAUCGCACUCAUCCGUGAGGCCAAGCGCAACAUGACUGGCGAUUGCAUGGAGUCCAUGGUGGAUUUCCUGGCCUCUCUGCGUGGGCGCCCACCACUGACCGUGGACAGAGUGUAUGAGGUCAGUGACAUGAAAUGGAUUGGACAGGAGGCACUGGACUUCGGAUGGGCUAAGCGUGUUGGAGGCGGCUUACCCAUGGUCGGGGAUGCCUCGACCGACUCUGUGAGCUGCCACAUGAGGUGUAAGAAUGGCAAAGGGGAGGAUGUGAUCGUGGUGAGCAUGUUAUUGCGAAGACUUGCAAUGGACAAGUUCGAGAAGGAGAUUGUUGUUUGGAUGAAUAAUAACGAAACUAGUUGUCCAGCUCAAUUUGAUGGCCUAAUCUGUCCCCGCUAAAAUAAACUCCGGCGCACAAUUGUUGUUUUUUGAGUGCCAUUAUAUGCGUAUGGUCAUUGUAAUGUCUGUAAGCGUCUAAUAAAGUGAUCCUCAGAAUAAAAACUACUA